AUGCGCAACCUCCCUGCUGUUCGUGCAGUGCUGGUUGUCGCGCUGACUGGCGCAGCCACCUCCGCUCCACCGCAACGGAAGGCCGACGGCGAAGACAGCGCCAUCGAUGCGGCCGAAAGCCUGACAGUCCCGCCAUCAGCAGCAACAGCAGCCGCCGUAGCGCCAAACAGCCCCCUGGACGGUUUCACGGAGGAGUUCAAGCGAAAGUUUCGGCUGUGCGCGGGGCUUCGGAUAAGCAGUGGCGGCUUCAGCGUGGGGCCGGCGGACGGGGGUGCUGCUGUUCCAAGUGAUGGCGGCGACGCGGCCAGCACCGGCGGCAGCGGCGGCGGCGGCGGCGGCGGCGGCGGCGGCGGUUGGCUCAAGUCCUUGGCCGAUGCGUUUCUCUACGCACCUCUCGGUGAGGAUAGAGAGGCGUGUCCUGCCGGUCCUUUCUCCGGCAGCAAGAAGCGAAAGAACGCCGGGGGCGGUGGUGGGCGGAAGAAAAAAACAAAGGGCGAUGCCAAGCGAAGGCGGAGGGAAGCCGAGAAUGUACGGCAGCAACGCAGCAUGGAAAGCGGCGUCGCAGAGGCAAUCGCCCCGCAAGUGAACGGGCCGGGCAUCGCCGACGGUAAUAGUAGCCAACGGGAAGAGGUGGAAGAGAAAGGCACACAAGGAGGUGAUGCGGAUGAUAGUUUAGCAGCGGCUCCCUCCGGCGGGAAGAGGGAGGGCGUGCAGGAACCGACGGUGACAGCAAUGGACACAGCCGCGGAAGCGGAGGAUGGCGACAGAGAAGAAGAAUCCCAUGAGGACAACGAGGAGGUGGCCUCAAGUGGCGACGAGGAGGACGAUCGAGUAGAAGAGGGCAGCGACGAUCCCCCACUCCCAGCUGUAGAGACCUACAUAUUAUCCGUCGAGAAGCUCAGGGAACACGGGUUCCCGGUAUCCUACCCUGCGGAGAAGGAGGAGGAGGUCAACCACACUCCCCUUGACAGGGUCAGCGGUAAUGUUGUCCUCCCGACGAAGGAAGAAGCCGAGGGUAUCGUAGGCAGGGCCUCGAAGCUGGUAGACCUGGAGGGGCACGUGCAGACACAGCCGUUGUCGGACGCCGGGGUGGCGGAGGAAGGUGAAGCAGCGGCGGGGGCGAGGUUGUUCGGGUUGGACUGCGAGAUGUGCGUGACGGGGGCUGGGCAGGAGUUAACGCGGGUCACGCUGGUGGAUUCCCAGCACAAGGUAGUGCUUGACGAGCUCGUCAAGCCGGAAAACCACAUCGUCGACUACGUUACAAGAUAUAGCGGUAUCACCCCCCAGCUCCUGGAAAACGUGGACACAAGGCUGCGCCAGGUACAGGCGGCGGUGCUGCGAGUGGUUGGAGUCAGAGACGUCCUGGUGGGGCACUCCCUGGAGAACGACCUCAAGGCCCUCAAGAUGGUGCACCUUCGGUGCCUCGACACCUCCCUGCUGUACCCACACCCCAAGAAAGGCCGACGCUCGUCGCUACGCUACCUUGUUUCCAUGUACCUGCAGCGAACAAUCCAAGGUUCUGAUAAGGGGCACAACAGCGCCGAAGACGCCGUCGCCGCUCUGGAGCUUGCCCAGCUCAAGGUGUCCAGAGGGCCAAACUUUGGCGCAGAGAGGAGCACCGACAGCAUUUUCGAUAGACUUCAAAGGAAUCACGUGCCAGCGACCAUGGUGGCCUCGAGUGAACAGUGCCGCCGGCAUAUCUCGGGAAGUGCGUCCACGGUUUCGUCCUUUUCGGAUGACGGGGUCGUGCAGAGCGUCUUGAAGGAGAUCAAAAGGGCCGGGGUGAUGCGCCAACGGACGGGAACAAAGGCGCCCCUGGUGUGGGCAGAGCUAGAGGGACCCAACUGCCCCACCGUAAAAGACGUCUGCGCCGCGGCGACGCGGGGGUCGGCGGGCGUCCAAACGUUCCUCGCUGACAUGGACGAAGCCGGGCGGGCUGCGGGUCACGAGCAACGGAUAGGCCGCCUUUUGGACGAACUCCCCUCCGGGGUGAUGGUGCUCGUUGCCUCCCAGGGGGUAAACCCGGAGUUGCCGCGGAAGCUGGACAAGCAGAGGAAGGCAUGCGAGGACCGCCGGUGCGCGUCGACGUGGAGCGCCGGGCAGGGCCGGCUGUUGGAAGCGCUGGAGGGUCGGGCGCGGGAUGGCUGUGUUUUUGCUGCCGUCACUUGA